GGACCGUUUACAUUGCAGUACUUUAGCGUCCUAAAUGGGAGUGAGGCACUUUCACAGAGUUCACACGUUGUCAGCAUCACAGUGUAUGUGUGGGAUUUAAAGUGAUUUACAAAAUAUAGACGAGGAAAUAUGUCGGAGUUGACGAAGAAAACAGACGAGGAUGUAAUUGAGAAACCACUUCCCCCUAACUGGAUUUUACAGCAUCCAAUGUACCAACAUCUGAUGAACCUAGAUGUUGGAGACAGUGCUCAAGUCCAUGCAGCUUUCUUGGUGUACCUGGAUCUAGCUGAAGUGCGUCAGUGGAAGGAGGUGAGUGGAGUGGGGUGCUCUGAGCUGCGACUGGUGUUGCUGGAGGGAAGGGAGAAGGAAGGAGAGCCCACUCAGAUGGUGCUCCCACUACCUGUACACAGAGGCCUGAGCCACAGAAGUGUGCGGUCAGUGCUGGCCAGAGGCUCGCCCAUGCUCCUGUGUGUGGUGGCAUCUGACUCCAGCCUUGUCUACCAGAGGAUGUGUGAUGGCCUGCUGACCCCUGACCCCCCCGUGGGCAUCCAGGACCAGGGCCGCCGGCAACACCGCAAAAGACGCCAGCAACAUUGACCCGCAGCAGAACCACAGUGACCGUUGGCAGACCGCUAUGGUCUGGUAAUGAACUCUGCAGUGACCAGGAGAGAACCACAGACUGAAUGGCAGGCGGUUGUGGUCUCGUAAUGAUGAACCAAAGUGCCAGUGUUUUCCUUAAAUUUGGCAGGGCGUGCCUAGCUUCAUUGCUCCGUUUCUGAACUGUUUUUGAGACCCUGGGCAUAGCGACUUUCUUAAGGCUCAACAGCUAGCCUACAUAAAGUAUGACAGACCCUGAGAGACUGCGUCAAGAGAAAUUUGACAAAUAUUACAACGGCCAUAACUGCCUUUAAAAGGUGCCACAGUCUCUGUGGGCCAGAGGGUUCGUGUUAUAGCUUCUCGGACAAUUGACAGACAAUCAAUCAGACACUGGAUUGCAGUUGGACAUAAAAUUGCCAGAGGAUACAUAAGUUGUAUUGAAUUAAAUCUCCAUACAGUACAUCCAUGAAGCAAUACAUGCUUAUGUAGCAGACUGCCAUAUCCACAGACACCACUUGAACUGGUUAUAGUUACUGUAACACUGUUUUGUUUUGUGCCGACUCCAUACCCAUUUACUUUCAGUGCAGUUGUGAGUUUUAAACUGUAGAGGGCAUGAAAACUACCAUGGAUGCCUCAAUGAUAUUGCUAGACCAUCAUUUGACAUUGACAGAUAGACAACAGUAAACACAAUGAUGGGUGUGCCUGUGCAUUACGAGGUAUUAGUAACACCACAAGGACCAUAUGAGAAACCAUUUUGUUUGACAAAUGAUAUUACAGUGACCUGAAAACACGUUAUUUUACUAGAAAAACUCUUAAUUGAACAUUAAAAAACGAACAA